CAUUCAUUGUGAAAGAAAGAAAAGGAAUAGAUAGAUAGAACCUCAUUUUGAUCAAUGAAAUUGGAUAUGAUGGAACAAUAUGUGUUAGGUUGCUUCAUCGCUUUGGUUCUUGGUUACAUCUUAUUACAAAGGUUCACAAAAAAUGGAGACAAAAAUAUUAAAAAGGCUGCGCCUAGAGAUGCCGGCCGUGUGGCAUGUUCGGACAAGGUUGUGCGUGAAGCUGAUGGCCCCCCGGAUGUUGUCAUUGUUGGUGCCGGUGUAGCUGGUUCAGCACUAGCUUACACUUUGGCAAAGGAUGGGCGCACGGUGCUGGUGAUCGAGAGGGAUUUGAGCCAGCCAGAUAGAAUAGUUGGUGAGCUUCUUCAACCAGGAGGCUACCUCAAGCUAGUUGAAUUGGGAAUGGAAGAAUGUGUUGGUGGGAUUGACUCUCAGCAAGUGUAUGGCUAUGCACUUUACAAGGAAGGGAAGUAUGCUAAACUAACCUAUCCUCUCCAAGAAUACACCUCGGAUGUCUCCGGCCGAAGCUUCCACCACGGCCGCUUCAUCCAAAGGCUACGCGAAAAGGCCGCCUCUCUUCCCAAUGUGAGGAUGGAGCAAGGGACUGUGACAUCAUUGAUUGAAGGAAAAGGGACAGUGAAAGGAGUGAAGUACAAGAACAAGAAUGGUGAAGAUGUGAAGGCAUUUGCCCCUCUCACAAUAGUGUGUGAUGGAUGCUUCUCCAAUUUGAGAAAGAAUCUCUGCAUUCCACAGGUGAAUGUGAUGUCCCACUUUGUAGGCAUGGUGUUGAAUCUUGAAAAUGGGAAGCUUCCACAGCCCAACCACGGCCAUGUUAUCCUGGCUAAUCCCUCGCCUGUCCUGUUCUAUCCCGUGAGCAGCACCGAGGUCCGGUGCCUUGUCGACAUCCCGGGCGCCAAGCUGCCCUCGAUCACCAACGGUGACAUGGCCAAGUACUUGAAAGCCACGGUGGCUCCUCAGCUCCCGCAGGAGCUCCACGAUGCGUUCGUGGAGCAAGUCGAGAAGGGGGAGAUAAGGUCUAUGCCUAACCGGUCCAUGCCGGCCUCUCCCCUGCCCACCCCGGGUGCCAUCCUGCUCGGAGACGCAUUCAACAUGAGGCACCCGUUGACCGGUGGGGGGAUGACCGUGGCAUUGGCCGAUGUAGUGGUGCUCCGCGAUCUGCUGAGGCCGAUGAAGGACUUCAGCGACGCGGCCGCCCUCACCGAGCAUCUUGAGGCCUUCUACACGCUUAGGAAGCCGGUGGCCUCGACGAUUAACACGUUGGCAGGAGCUCUAUAUCAGGUGUUCUGCCCGACCGCGGAUGACGCGAGCCGGGAGAUGAGGGAAGCCUGCUUUGACUACCUGAGCCUGGGAGGGAUGUGCUCGGAAGGGCCCAUCGCGCUCUUGUCUGGCCUCAACCCGAGGCCGAUGAGUUUGGUUGCGCAUUUCUUUGCCGUAGCUGUUUAUGGCGUCGGCCGCCUUGUGUUCCCGCUUCCUUCGCCUAGCCGGGUGUGGCUCGGAGCCAGAUUGCUCAUGACUGCUUAUGGAAUCAUAUUUCCAAUAGUGAGAUCAGAAGGAGUGAGGCAGAUGUUCUUCCCCAUCACAAUUCCUGCAUACAACAGGGGUGCUUCUGUUGUUAUGAAGAGCGCCAUGUUUGACAUGAUGGCUUAGGCUUAGCCAUCUUUUUUGUUACACAUGUGAUAUUCUUUUUGUCAUUCUUUCUCCAUCAAUCAAAGUUGUAUAGUUAAGAUUAAUCAAUAUACUAGUUAAUAUGCUUGUGCAA